AAAAAAUUCAAUAAAUUUCUUAUAACAUGAUGUAUUUAUGUGCCUAGUUCAUAUAUAAUGAAUCCUUCGAAAAAUUUUAAGGUGCAGUUGUAUGAAACAGAUUGUAAAAUAUUGAUAAAAAGUGUCACAAAAUUUGAGGAAUCAGAAGAAAAUUUUAAUUUGUGUCUUGAUUAUACUUUAUCCAACUUACUGUAUCACUCCUAUCAAGACGUUGAUAGUCAUAAAGUAAACCGUAUUGUUUCAGGGUUGCAUGAAAAAUUUCUAAUUCAGUCCGAUCUUGAAAAAGCAAAUACUUUCAAGGCAGUUUCAGAGAAAUUAUUGAAGACAGUAGAUAGCCAUUAUGGUGCACAGAAAGAAAAUGGAUACAGAAUUUUAGCUCUGUUACUAUGGCUUGCAGAAGCAAAAUCCUGUCCUAGUACAGAGGUCACUACACAACAUUCUGAUAAUGUGAUAAAGGAAGACUUUGAUUGGGCUGAAUAUCUUAAAGAAGGUGAAGAAGUAUACAAUUAUUUUUCAGACAGUAGCUCUGAGAUAAGUAUCUCUGAUACAGAAUCAGAAGAAGAUGUCGUGCAUGACUUACUGCCAUUACCUCCAAGAGAUGAUUCAGGACUUGGAAUCAGUCCUGAUAGCUGUUCUGGAUCCUCUCAGCAGCAGUUUAAUGACAACCAUUUUCCUGCUCCCGUAAGCCAAGAUACCCAAUCAGAGGAUUUUCCUGUGCCAGUAAACCAAAAUUCAUUUUAUCCCUAUUGGAUUCCAAAGAUACUUCAUGGUAUUAAGGAUUCUUUUCUGUUUCAUUGGGAUAAUUCUGAAUUUAAAGUGAAUUCAAAUGUCCAUCUUUGCAAUCUAACUUCUUAUACAUUGACUGUACUUAUGAAAGAGUUUUGUGAGUAUGGUGCUAAAGUUGCAUGCCUGCAAAAGUUUGUGGAAAAUGUCCUUGUGGAUGGCUCGAGUCUCUCAAAAUGCCUUACUUUUCAGACAUUUGCCGCUGCAUUGCAGACACAGUUAAGAAGUAUAUCAAGUUCCCUAUGUAAGAUUGAGAAAUCUCUGAGAAAGAAAAAUGAGACUUUUACAAUAUUAAAUUUAAAAGAAAAACUAAAGAUCAUUUUGAAAGACAUCGACACUCUUUAUUUCAUGCAUCAAGAAAUGUUGGCUGUUGUAUCAAACAUGGUUGAUCCUUUUGAAAGAGCAUGCUCUUUAUUGCAGUUUUUAUGGUCAUAUCUUUCUCGUCAGAUUUUGAAAGAGCCCAACUCAUCAGCGGUGAAGAUAACUUUAAGGGUAUUUUUGAAAACUUGUAAGCCUCUUUUCACAUUUUUGGAAAAGCUGAUUGUUUUUGAUGCUUUUGAAGAUCCUUGUAAAGAAUUUUUCUUUAUUAGACAAGAUGUCAAUGUCACAGAUGAAACCUUCUGGGAGCAUUCGCUCAUUUUAAAGAAAUUACCCACUCAAGUUGAGAAAGAUUUUUUUCUAAAACCAUUUUUAAAUGACUUUCUGAUUACUGGAAAAUCUGUUCAGAUAUUGAAUAAAAUCAACUUCUUAUUGAAAGCUACAUCUCCCCAGAAAAAUAUUCAUGGUGAAUUAUAUUUAAAGUUUAUAAGAAUAAUUCAGAAGUUGGUCUGUAAAAAAGGAGUUGAAGAAGCUGCUCCAAACAUACAAGAAGAAGAAAGUAGAAUUGAGGAUCCCCUAUUAAAGCAAAAAAUUUUUGCUUUUGAAGGAAGUAGACGCAAUUUUUUUUGUCCAGAUACAAAUCCUAUGUAUUUGCCAGCUGCAAAGAGGAAACCAGUGGAGUUGUUUUCAAAGAAUCAAAUUGAAACACUGGGGAUUAUUGAAAAUUUGGAGCCAAAUGUUCCUAGAAUCUUGAAAAGAAAUAUAUUGAAAUCCAUUGAAAUCUGCAUGAACUAUGCCUGUUUCCCCAUAUGUGGAAGGCUCAUGAAUUUAUUGAAAGAGAAGUAUCACAUUAUGACCCAUAUUCUCAAUAUGCGGAUUUUCUACAAUGAGUCUUGGCAGGACAUUUCCUUUUUGUAUAGUGCUUUGCAAAAUGCCAUUUCAGAGAGCAAGGAGUGUUGCGAAAAUUUGGGCAUAUAUUUGGACAGUCAAAAUUCAGAAGUUAAAAUCAAAAAGCCUCUAAGUUUCCUGAAUUCACUUCAGUUAUUUUAUGAAGUCGAGUGGCCAAUCAGUAUUAUAUUAGGAACACAAGUACAGACUCAAUACAGUGAAAUAUUUUCAUUUUUGUUGCAAAUUAAAUGUGCCAAGUAUCUUUUAGAUAAAUUAUAUUCAAUAAGAUUAGAUGCAAGUGGAACUGCUGUGAAUGAAAUAGUUAAAGCAAUAUCAAGACAUGAAUAUCCAAAGCAACAGAAAACUCAUGGCAUGUACAUAAUGCGAAUGAGAUUGCUUUUUUUUGUCAAUGGAUUACACAACUACAUCAUGAGCAGGAUUCAUAACAGUUUUGAUGUGGAAUUCAGCAAGGAACUUCAAAAUUCUAGAACUAUUGAUGACGUGAUUGUGGUCCACAAUGCAUACCUAAAAUCCCUUCACGAAAAGUGUCUGCUGGACAAACGUCUGCUACGUUUGAAGGAACAGAUAUGUGAUGUGCUGAAUCUGUGUUAUACGUUUCAACAACUUUGGCUGAAAGGAAUUGAUCGUGUUUGCUUGGAAGAUUUACAAAACAUUGAAGAAAAGUUCAGCAAAUAUUGCAAUUUCCUUUUCUGUGUGUUCAAUACAUCAUUGCGGCGUGGAGUUUACAGUCACUUGGAAAAUUUGGUGAAUUUAAUGCUGUCGGAAACUCACACACUCCGUGUGUUUGAUAACGAGAAGGGUUUACCAGAAUAUACAGAAUUCCGAAAAUUACUGAACACAUAACGUAUGUAUUAU